AUGAAGAAGUAUUUCAUCAUGCAUAAGGUUGCCACUCCAUAUCAUCCUCAGAAGAGUGGUCAAGUGGAGAUUUCAAAUCGAGAGAUCAAGAGGAUUUUGGAAAAGACAGUAAACCCGUCAACAAAAGAUUGGUCUCUUCGUUUGAAUGAUGCAUUGUGGGCUUACCAGACAGUAUUCAAAACCUUGAUUGGCAUGUCUCCUUACCGUCUCGUGUAUGGCAAAGCAUGUCAUUUGCUGGUGGAGUUGGAGCAUAGAGCAUACUGGGCCAUCAAGCAACUGAACUUCAAUCUCACGAAAGAUGGCUCAGAGAGGAAGCUCCAACUGAAUGAAUUGGAAGAGCUGAGGAAUGAUGCCUAUGACUGUGCAAAGUUGUACAAGGCACAGAUGAAGAAGGCUUAUGACCAGAGCAUUUUGAGACGAUCUUUUGAACCUGUUUUUCCUUAUGGGGCUAUUGAGAUUGAGGAUCCAAAAAAUGGUACUACUUUCAAGGUAAAUGGACAAAGACUGAAACCAUUCUUGGAGUUGCAGAGCUCGGAUGUUGAGACGACCCAUUUGGAGGAUCCGAGUUACUCGGAGUGA